AUGCUGCCCUGGAAGAGGAAUAAGUUUGUUUUGGUGGAGGAUGAGAAUAAAAUGAAAGCCAAAAGUCUUGGAAAUGGACUGACCUAUCACUCCAUCCUCUCCUCUUUGCUACGAUCCUGUCCUGACCUGCUGCCCGAAUGCCCCUUCGACUGGGUGGGAAACAUCUUCCAUAGCAAACGACAGAAAGUGGAAUUAAACAGAGAGGAGCCGGUUUACAAUGUGCGCUAUCUGGGAAGCGUGGUCACCAUCACAGCUAAGGGGGAAGGAUGCACCCAGGAAGCGGUUGCCAAGAUUUGGGCAAAAAGCAGCUACGGGGAGCAGAGCGUCAAAAUGAGGUUGACCGUGGGACCGCAAGGCAUCCGCAUGAGUGCGUACAAAUCAGGGGAAAAAAGUCCAAUUCAUCUGUACUCUCUAAGCAGGAUCACCUACUGUUCGGCGGACCCGUGUCGGCCCAAGAUCUUGGCCUGGAUCUACAGGCACCAGAUUAAAAACAUGGCCAUCGUCCUUCGUUGUCAUGCUGUCUUGGUGAGCAAGCCGGAAAAGGCCCAAGCUAUCGCGCAAAGCCUCUACCAGCACGCCACCUCUGCCUUCAGUGAGUUUAAACGACUUAAGCGGCAGAGUGACUUCCGGCACUGCCAGCAGCAGCUCCUGGGGGAGGAGGCGGUACCCCUCAUGCCCCUCAGGAGACUGCUAAACGGCCAGUGCCACUACAGGUCAACCGCCGACACCCCUGGGAGCGCGACUCGUCUCUGCUCCAUCACAGAAGAAGAGGAGGAUGACGAAAACGGCAAUAAUGAGAAACCACCCUCAGAAACGGAGCCCAAAAGGAAGAAGAAGGUUUUAACGACAAAUACAGACCCAACUCAAUUACUUUCCCAGUUGGACCUCGGGGAUAUCGCUGGACUGGAGCAGUGCCAAAUCAACUUUAUCAGUGAACACAAUAACAACACCUUCACAUUUAUAACCUCGCUGGUGUGA